GAUUCCGACUUGAAACAAGAUCCGAAGGGCCCGUCUCCACAACGCGGCCUGCCUCGUUUGACCCCCAUGGUGACUGUGCACCCUAAUCCGCUACUCUGUCAACCGCGCCACACAGGUCAACACCACCAUCAUGUCUGGCCAUGUCCUCAACAAGAGCUUUGGUGUCCUUCGGCGGAUCUUCCAUUUCAGCGUUUUGAACCGCUCCACGGAGCGCCAUCGACGGACAGAGAUGGACGGACCAGCCAGUCCCGAAUGGACUGUGGUCCUCCUGCUGCCUCACACAGCAGGUGGUUUGGCGCGAACGACGGGUUCAGAUGUUGGGACCGUCAACGAGACGCGACGGUGCGAGCGAGCGUUGACACAAGGAGAGAGAGUGAUUAUGUAGACCGAUGUCAGGAUGACGAGGAGCAGCUCGAGCGACCUUUAUCACUGAGGUCUGACAUCGAUGGCCAAGAAUACAGACCCACGGCCCCCUGUUACACCCACCUGCCACUACAAAACCACUCCGCAGAUUGGCCACUUUACAAUGCACAACAUGGACCAUUCAGAGAGUUGCACUAUGCUGUGAAACCCUACGGCAAUCCACCUCACCCACACUCUGUAUCCUGUCAGGAUGCAAGACCUUGGAUGCAAUACCCACAAAACUGCCUGCGUUCUGGCGCAGAGUCGGCCAACCACGGCAACGCUCAGGGCGGUAUCUCCGUCAACGUGCCGCAGUUCGCCCUACCCCCCGCUGAGCGGUUGGCACAGGUGAGCGUGAUGAACCUGGAGCACCUGGGUCUGGAUGGCGUUCCACCAGGAGAAGGUGCCUACUCCGACCCCAACGAGAGGAGGAAGACUAUCAGUCCACCCGACGAGUGCCGAAACAUUUUUAUUACAUUCUCUGUGGACUCAGCUUCUCAGAUGGUGCCUUUCGCUGAAUUUCUAACAAACCAAGGAUUUCGACCAGCCAUUGACAUAUUUGAUAACCCCAUCAGACGGAUGGACAUCAACAAAUGGAUGGACAGCUAUCUAAAAGAUCCUUCUGUAUUGAUUAUCAUAGCAAUCAGCUCGGGCUACAAGGCAGCCAUCGAGAGGACAGGAAUGGACAGACACAGUCUACACACCAAAUAUAUUUACUCUAUGAUGCAGAAUGAGUUUAUACAGCAAGGAAGCUUGAAUUAUCGCUUUGUGCCAGUUCUCUUACCCCUUGCAACUCAGAGCCAUGUGCCUGGUUGGCUCCAGAACACGCACGUAUACCGCUGGCCGCAGGACAAGGAGAACCUCCUUCUGCGCCUCCUCCGCGAGGAGCGCUACGUCGUACCUCCUGUCCCCAAGGAGCUCACCCUCAUCAUCAAGCCUGUGACGCUCAGCUCCUUAUCCACCUUCUGA